GUUCGAAUCCAAAUCCACGCUGAAGCCGAAAAUGGCAGCUGACAGCGUCGAUUUCGUGUUACGCUUCUGAAGUUGCCGGUUAACAAGGCAAACAGCAGCUAUGGCUGAGGCUAACGGUUGUACGGUUUUACCUACACGAUGCAGCAGCCCUUCUAUCGACCGUCAGCGUUACAAUGACGACGGUCACCCGACAGCGUCGUCUGAGGAGCAGAAAAAAGUGGAAAAGUCUGUUGACUGUUUCUUCAAGGCCACUCAAGCCGCGGCAAAGCUACGAGAAGGAUGCCCCCGUCUCCAAAGAGAACGGCAUGUCGCCUUCCUUAUGAAGGGACUGAGCCAUUUGCCUCAAGCGUAUCAGGACCUUGACGCCAGCCGCCCCUGGUUGUGCUACUGGAUCCUGCACAGCUUGGAACUCCUCGAGGUCUCCCUCUACUCAGAAAUGAAGUCAAGCAUUGCUGCCUUUUUGGGAAAGUGUCAGCACCCUGAAGGAGGCUUCAGCGGUGGUCCUGGUCAGCAAGCCCACCUCGCGCCAACAUAUGCUGCAGUGAAUGCACUCAGCAUACUGGGCACUGAAGAGGCUUACAAGGUCAUUAAUAGGAACACGCUGUACAAUUUCCUGCGGCGAAUGAAGCAGCCCGACGGUUCCUUCAUCAUGCACGACGGUGGAGAGGCAGACGUCAGGGGGGCCUACUGUGCUCUGUCCGUGGCCAAACUAACAAACACUUUCACGCCAUCACUAUUCGAAGGAACGGCAGAAUGGGUCAUCAAGUGCCAAACUUACGAAGGGGGCUUCGGUGGUGUACCAGGCAUGGAGGCCCAUGGUGGUUACACAUUUUGCGGUUUCGCCGCUCUGGUUUUCCUCGAGAGGGAGACGCUCUGCAACAUGAAAAAACUGCAGCGGUGGCUGGUGAACCGACAGAUGCGCUUUGAGGGUGGCUUCCAGGGCCGCACCAACAAGCUGGUCGACGGCUGCUACUCCUUCUGGCAGGGGGGCGUCUUCCCGCUCCUGCACAAGGUGCUCUCCCUGGGCAAUGAAUCCCUGAGCAUGGAGCGCUGGCUCUUUGACCAGGACGCCCUCCAGGAGUACAUCCUCAUCUGCUGCCAGGAACCCGCCGGCGGCCUCAUCGACAAACCUGGAAAGCCCCGGGACUACUACCACACCUGCUACCUAUUGAGUGGACUGACUGUUGCGCAGCACUUUGGUGGGGGAAUCUUGGGCAGCAGUCGAGUCCUUGGAGACCCCAAGAACGAGCUUUGCACAAUCCAUCCACUGUACAACAUCGGCAUGGAAAAUGCCGUGGAGGCGCUCAAGUACUUCAACUUACAGCCCGUGCCUGAAGACGGCGAAAACUCCUGAGCCCUGCCUCUCAGCUGUAGGACAAGCCAAGUUACUUUUGCAAAUCACCAGGAAGCUGACGCAGAAGCAACAAGUUACUUUUGCAAAUCACCAGGAAGCUGACGCAGAAGCAAGAAAGUGAUGGUCUGCCAGAAGCAACUGGGAUUUCAGCAACAAACUCCCGCCAAGUAGUCUUUCAGACAUCGGCUGUUACCCAGAGCAAUGAGACCGUUGUCUUUUCACAUACAGAGACUCUAGACGCUCCUGCGUACAGCAUUGAUGCUACAGUGGUGUGGCCAGUCCACAUUUCGAGCUAGCUUGGCAAAGUCUUGUUACCUCAGUUCGACCGGUGUACAUCUCGAGAUUGCCUGCUCAGCGUGAUGUACUAACGGCUGCAAAUGGUUAUGGAAGGGAGUCGUGGCAGAAAAAGUGAAAUUUUGAUACUGCCUUGAGGCGGGUUAUGUCAGCGUACAACCGGCCAAGCAUCUGGAGCGGAUCGACGUGUAAGGAAGUUGAAGCAAGAGACCACAGGCUUGAAAGAGCAAUCCUUUAUUCUGGCAAAUGCUUUUCCGUCUCGGCAGGGAGCAUGGUGUAAUCCGAGGUGGCUGCUCAUGCCAACAUUGUUGCUUGACUAAGAAGGUGGCAUUAGCUAGCUGGUAAGGUUUUCUUUGCACGACUAGGAUGUCAUCGCCAGGGUGGUCAAUCUUGCGCUGUUCUCACAAAAAAAGGAUCUAGUGCAGCCUCGCUCGCUGCGAGUUGGAAUUGGAGAUUAGCAGCCACACUCAAUGGGUACUUCUACAAUACUACGCAGUUAGUGGUGGCUCUCUAUCACAGUGUAAGGAAGCCUGCUCAAGGGAUUCUGAGAGUCAUCCAUUGAAGCUUGCGUUUACGCACUCACACAUACACACUUGCACACAUAGUUGUGGUUUGCACCUUUCAUCGGCAAGGUGCGUCAGUGUUUUGCUCGGAGAAAAUUUAGUUUCUGUCAUGGCUACAGUGUUCCGUAAACUUUUGCAGCCGGUAGCACGCUGCUUGCUAAUUCCAAUUCUUGGGAAAGUGUGAUUGUGAUUAUGUUUUUUGUGCUGUUGCAUUCUUUUGGUGUUGGCUCUCAGGAGAGCCAUACCUGUUCAUCGGUUUUCAUAUUUGGGGGGCCCAAGUUUGUGUGGCACAUUAUACAUUUUACUAUUCUUGUUUUGUUAAGAUGUUUAGCGCAAGGAAUUAGAAAUUAUGACCAUGAAAUCGCCUGCAGAGAGCGGGAAGUCAAUCUAUGUUAAUCCAGGACUGUAUGUGCACGGGAUGAAAUUAUUUACCAUUGAAUUUUUUACGUAAUAAAGACAGGAUGAUGAUGAUGUUGGAAGGCAAGUACAAAGGCGCAGUUGACAACAACAUUGAUUUACAAGUUUCACUGGUGAAAUUGAUGUUUAUGUAGAUGCAGCUUGCACAGAGCAGUGGUAGUCUUAUGCCUGACAUAAUUUAACGAUCCGUUCAUAUCUAAUAAAUCCAGGGAACUUGCGUAUGUCUCGUGUUGGAUAGCUGAGGCAACAAAAGUCUCCCAAGGCCACUUAAAACAGUCUCCAAUUUUUAUUUUCCACCUUGACCUUUUAGUUAACUUGUAGUUAAUUCCUCGUAUGCUGGCUGGAAAGAAGUAAUAUUGUGGCUAGUGGGGGUUAUUUUUGGCAGCUAAUUAUGACAAGGGCUAUCAUCUAUUUUACAGGCACAUAUUUUUUGUAGUGCUCUUCCUUGAUUUGAAUGUUGUGGCAAACAUUUCAUCUUUCUCUUUUAACCUUCCUUUUUUUAUGUCUUGAAUGUUUUAGCAGAAUCAUUGUGUUCUAUGCUGCAUUCAAGCAGUUCCGAAUGGUAGUUAACUAGAAAUGGCUCGCUAUAGGUUGGAGAUGUAAAUUGGGCUGAUAAUGUACACUCACAAAAGGAGAAGCUCAUGUUUUUCAAUGUCUCUUGUGUAAAGAAUAGAGCAUUGAUUCAGCGUCAUUGUUUGCCUAUAAAUAUUGUUUAACAAAGUCAAUGUUGAGCUGAUGGUAGUUUGUGCAUGGCAACAUGUAAUUUUUAUUCCUGUUUCUGUUACAAAACUUACAUGCCUAUUGACGGGGCUCUUCCACACCUGUUCUGUAAA